GACACGGAGACCAGCUUCAGAUUUCUCCGGCGAGAGAGAGAGAGAUAACGAAGGGGAGGGAGAGAAACUAGAGAGGGAAAGCCGACAGAUUAGUUAGCGACCGAGGAGACGAACUUCAGCCACAGUAAACAGCGCAAAUCAUACAAAAUAUUACAAACGAUAUGGAAGGGAUGGUAGUACUGGGAAGAACGUCCUUCGUAUACACCUUGCUACUUUGGUCUUUAAAAGACUGCUGGUGCUCAGUGAUGGUGACAGUGACCUCCAAAGUGGACGCCAUCAAAGGAGAGACAGCCAUCCUGCCCUGCUCCUUCAGCUCGCCGGUGACCCACAGCAACACCUUCAUUGAAUGGUUCAUUGAGGAGGGUGGAUCACGAAAGCGGGUGGCCUUCAGGACUGUGUCAGGCAUGCCUGAGGGCAUUGAUGAGGGCAACCAGCUCUCGGGCCGGGUGUCCAUGGGGCAGAACAACUCACUGUUGAUCUCUCCAGUGAGGGUAGAAGACGAAAGGCGCUUUCACUGCCAGGUGACAGCAGGCAUUUCUGGGACCGGAGAGGCAACUACCAAGCUCAGUGUCUUCUUUGCACCAGAGAAGCCUGUGGUGGCAGGAUCCAGCCAGCCCAUUCCUGUGGAUCAGACCCCCAGCCCUCAGGUUGGCCAUUGCACCAGCCGGAAUGGCUUCCCAGCACCCCGCCUCAUCUGGUACAAGAACUUAAAUCCGCUCCCAGAAGUCAAAGACCACAAUGAGCCUACAUACAUGGUCUCCAGCGUGGUGAAGGAGGCCUCAGGUCUCUUCACUGUGUCCAGCACCCUCUAUCUGCGGCCUAAAAAGGAGGACAAGAACGCCAAGUUCCGUUGCACUGUGGAGUUCAGCAUGCCCAAUGACCAGAUCGAACAGCAGAGCUCUGAGGCCUUCAACCUCACCCUCCUCUAUCCCACAGAGGUAGUGACCUUCAGCCUCAUGAAUUCUGUGCCAGUGAAGGAGGGUGAUGCCGUGACGAUGAAGUGUAAGGCUGAUGGCAACCCUGAACCGACAUACGAUUUCACCUUUAUUGAUAAGGGAAAAGAAACUCCCAAGCAUGCUACUAAUGGACUGCUGACCCUGCAUCCUGUAACACGGGCAGACAAUGGGACUUAUAGAUGUGAAGCUCUGGACUUUGAUGCGAAGGAUGUUGAGCUCACCAAAGAGCUCAAGCUUUUCGUUCACUAUCUGGAUCCAGUGAAGAUCACUCCUGCUGGACCCCAUGUCGUGCCUCUUGGGGAGAGCAUCCAGUUACAGUGUAAGACCAAGGGCUCUGAUGUUCACACGUUGGAGUGGAAGAAGGGGACAGCAACACUAUCCAACAGCGGCACACUGGUGAUAAACUCAGCAUCGUAUGCAGACGCGGGACUCUACAUCUGCGAGAGCAACGUGUUCACUGUCCCCGGGCUCUACGCUAGAGGCAAUGUCACAGUCCGGGUUUCGGGAAAACCAGAGAUUGCUCCUGCUCCCGAGGCCAAAGUACAAAACAUGGGUGACACUGUGACAGUCUCCUGCUCUGCCUAUGGAUACCCUGACCCUCAGUUCUCCUGGACUCCUUCAGGCAAACAGGCGGUUAUGAUCCAGGAGAACAAGGUCAUUAGCACAAUAACGCUUGAAGCUACAGAGACCGUGCUUAAUGGCGGGGUCACAUGUGAAGCCACGAAUGAGCAUGGAAAGGAUACCCGACAGUUCAUGGUUGUCAUUAGCAAAGAAUCUUCCACAGACAGCGGUGGUGCGGGCAGAGCUGACAAGCAGCAGGGCGGCGCCGCUGGUGUCGUGGUGGCAGUUGUAGUGUGUGUGCUGCUGCUCCUCCUGCUGGUCACUCUGUUGUACUGCCUGCAGAAGAACGGAAAGCUGCCCUGUGGGAAAGAGGAUAAGAAAGAAGUUGGUUCUGGGGAUAUAAAAAAUGACAUCGUGGUGGAGAUGAAGUCCGAGAAAGCCAAGGAGGAUACAGAGCUGCUCAGCAAGCAUCCAGCUACAGAGCAGUGAUGAACAGAAGGAUGGACAGAUAAGGAUGGGUGGAGGGACCAGUGAGGAUGGGGUCAAAAUGGUGAUCGGAUUUUUUUUUACAUUUUUUUAAAACCCAGACACAGAACUGAGCGAAACUUCUGGGGAGUAAAGGAAACUUGUGAUGUCAUGGAGGACAAAGGAUUCCAGGUUAUCCUGCUGCACCACAGCUUCUCUGUAAACUGGGAAAUAGAUCCUGGCCUUCAAGGCAGGUUAAUGCAGUACAGUUUGGCCAGACACAGUAUGUUACAGUUAAAUUUCUGCCUCGAGACGCGACACACUGAUUGGUUAAUGGGUUUCUGGGCUAUGUGCUUGUGUCUGUGCUGUAAGCUAGCAUGUAUAUCUGUAUUGUGAUGUUCAUGUUUAUCUGUGUGGUGUGUAUGCUCUUUGAAUUGCAUGUGCGUUCAUUCUGCUUGUUUUUCAUGCUAUAGGGUUGGGGCGGGGGGGUGCCCUCUCAGCAUUGCCUGCUCAUACACGCACUGGCUGAAACCCACACUCCCGUUCUGUCAUGCCAUAAACAUUGUUUUUCCAGCCAGAUCAGUUCAGCCAUACUUCCCUGUGGAGUGCUGUUACGAAGCGGACGACUAGAACACAUCUGUGUUUCAAGUCUGGGUUUUAAAAUCUGGGUAUCGCCAAUGUUAAUUGGUAUCAUUUGCCCAUACCUGUUUCUGCUUUUGGAAAAAGGUUUCGAUAAUCUUUUUUAAAAAUUUGCUUUAUAUUUUCUUCGUCUUGGGGCUUUAACCACACCGAAUGGGAAAUAUUUAUGUGUUUUUAAAUCACCACCAGCUUUACUCUUUUCCCAAUCCUAUUUUGGGAUUUUUCAGUUAUGUAGACUUUUGCAGAUUGGGUUUUCCCCCACCCCUAACCGCACAGUGUCCUGAGAGACCUUGACUCCUUGUUGGUGACCGUGGGAAACAUUAGGCAGACAAAUAUAAAAAGCUUUGCAGUCACAGUCAACCCUUAUUUGCCCGAAAUAUGUGUUUUGCUAGUGCUUUUAGAACAAAAUGAGAAAGUACAAGUCACGAUUUUGUGUUUUUUGAACCCAAAUCUGUAUUAACAGACCUUUAAUAAUCACGUAAAUGUACUCUCUCCAUUCUGCACUCUUUAUCUUGCUAAAAAAACACAAUUCAAAAUUAUUCCAUGGGCCGUCUGAAUUCCCCAUUUAGUGGCAAACUGUGCCUGUGAGUCAAUAUGGCGAAAAUGAAAUUCAGUGAGCUGGCAUUAAAUAACCAUUUUUCCCUGAUAAUCUUGCAAUGUGUCCAGUACGAUGGAGCUGUCCUCACCCCAGGCCUUUAUAGAGCAGAAUAUGGAGUGUCAACAUGCAUCACAACAACAACAAUAACAAGCUGUCUGACAGUUCUUAAAGGGACAAGAUGGGAAAUGUAGGAGCAGGGGAUGCCUUUGGAUUAUUACUUUAUAUGGAUUAUGGUAAAUAGGUUUCAAUGACUUUAAGUGUCAGUGCGUUGAAUUAUAUAUAUAUAGUUUUCCCUCCUGGGAAAGGCAAUUAGUUUGCCUUGUUUUUUACAGCACAGAUUACAGUGCCAAUGACUUUGAAUUACACUGGAAUUAAUUAAUGCGGAUCCCACUUUGAUAGAGAUGUUUUUAUUGCUGGAGCUGAGAAAUUUCGCAUACAACUGCUUUUUAUAUGUAUAUCUGAUCUCAGCUCAUCAUGGAUUUGAAAAUGUUUGGCUUAAUGACUGUUAACGAGGUCUGUGAUUGCAGGUAAACCUGUGAUUUGGUAUGUAAAACAAUGAAUGCUUGCCUGUUUGCCUAUUUGAUGUUAAAAAUUGUGAUAUGAAAUGGAUCUUCAUUUUUUUAAUGGUACUACUUUACUGCUGUUGAACUACUGAUUUGUUUCUUAGUUGUUUCUACCCUCACAGCAGUAUAUAUAUAAAUAUAUGUUUUAUAUAUAAUAUUAUUUUUAUUAUUAUUUUUCUUUAGGACUCUGCUCUUGUUUAAUGAAACCUGGUGUGUGUGCUUUUGCUCUUGUAUAUUGUAUAUUUUGUGGUAUGAAUCUGAUAGCUCUGUAGAUUGUUGUGUCUUUUUAUAGUCAGUAGACAUUUUCCUGCAGUGUCAGAAAACCACCAAAACAACGUAGAACCCUUCAAAAACUCUGUAGGUUUUUGACAUGCUUUAAAAAGAGUUAUCAAUUCACUUGCUUUGAAAUAUCUGUUUGCUUCCUGUUCUUAUUUUUGCUUUAUUCGCUGAAUAAUUCACUUGGCUGUUUUACAGACCAUUUUGUUGAUAGAAUCCCUCCACUGUAGCUAUGUCUGCGGCAGUGACGUGGUCAUACUCUUCUCAUUUAGGCACAACACUAUAUUCACAGGUCAGUAACUGCACACUUGUUUAAUAUGAUCCACAAGCUGAGUUAAUACUUCACUUUUCUCAUUCAAGUAUGUCGCUGGUCAAGGUGAUUUGGAAAUGGCUUAUAUGUAGGAUGAUAGUUUCAUGGUCACUGUUUAGUACAACUGUUUAACGUAAGAUUAAAUGUGCAGUGCAGACAUGGGUGUUGAUUAAUGCGAAGGCCAUCAUUAUCAUAAUCAUGACCAUCAUCCCCAUCAUCAUCAUCAUCACUUCAUCGAAAAGCAAACAUCUUCACAGCACAUUUUCCGAGCUGCUUGUAAACAAAUCUUCAAAACCUCAAAGUCAGUGCUUUUAGUUUUCUGAUGGUCCUGUAGCUUUUACCAUUAACUAUAGACUCCACUUUAUAUCUAUCAAGUCCCAUCAGUGAUUAUGUAAUUCUGCAGGCUUUCCUCCAAAAGUCCAUUACAAUAUUAAAAGCCUUCCUCGAUUAGCAA